AUGGUGACUGAUUCAAAAGAAAGAGUGCCCAAGAAGGAGGGCGCAGUUCCAGAUGCCUCGUUGGUACCUACGCAACCGACUCCGCUAUCGUCGAAGGACAAAAGCACUAAGAGACUGAUCGUUGUGCUUUCGCAGGCAUGUCUCGAAACCAGACGUCUGAGUACCUCUAGCGGAGAGAAAUACGCUUUGCUGAACUGUGACGAUCACCAGGGUCUGCUGAAGAAGAUGGGAAGAGACAUUGCUGAAGCCAGACCAGAUAUCACACACCAAUGUCUGCUUACUUUGCUUGAUUCGCCCAUUAAUAAAGCUGGAAAGCUCCAGGUGUAUAUCCAGACUGCGCGUGGUGUUCUCAUUGAGGUGAAUCCAACCGUGAGGAUUCCAAGAACAUUCAAGAGAUUUUCGGGUUUGAUGGUUCAGUUACUGUUGAAACUGUCUAUUCGCUCCGUUAAUUCGCAGGAGAGACUUCUCAAGGUUAUCAAGAACCCAAUCACAGACCAUUUGCCAACCAAAUGCCGUAAAAUAACGCUCUCGUUUGAUGCACCCGUGAGAAGGGUCCAGGAUUACAUUGAAACGCUGGACGAUGACGAGAGUGUGUGUGUGUUUGUGGGAGCAAUGGCCAGAGGAAAGGAUAACUUUGCUGACGAGUUUGUGGAUGAGAAGAUUGGUGUUUCUGAGUACCCUCUAUCAGCCUCGGUGGCAUGCAGCAAGUUUUGUCAUGGAGCCGAAGAUGCGUGGGGUAUCCAGUAA